AUAUUUUAUUAUGGAAAUGUUGGCAGCAUUCUAUUUAAUACGAGGGAAAACUCAGGUCCAAUUUCGUCAUGUCUCUUCAGCCUUGUGUGGAGGCCCGAGCUAGCCGGUAGAGGCUUGAGAAACCUGUACAUUGAUUACUGUGCUUCUGUAACUCACAGAUUCGUGAAAAACAGCAGAAUGUCUAAAGACAAAUUAUUAGAUAUCGCAGAGUAUUUAGCAGGGUGGCUGACUUUAAGGUCGAUAUAGUUUUUAAACAGUCAAAUGGAUUCCUAUAAGUUAGAUACAAUCAGAAAAUGCCAUUUUAAACAGGUAUCAAGUACAAGAGCAACAACACUCUAGAAUAUCUUGGGAUAAAUGCAAGAAAGGAUGUACAAGAUCUGAAUGUACAAAAGAUAAAACUAAACACUAAACUGAAAGGUUAAAACGUUAAGGAAAACCUACCUAACUGGAGAGACAUGCCAUGUUGGUGACUAGGAGGGCUGGGUGUCCUGAAGAUAGUCAAUUGUCCCCUAGCUCAUCCACAGAUUUAAAGAAAAUGCAACCCCAAACCGUUACAAAUGAGCUUUCAAGGAACGUGGCAUGCUGAUUCUGACGUUUAUACUGGAAGGGAAGAAUAAGGAAGAUAUGCUUGAAGAUUACGAAUAAGAUGUGGGGACUUGCCCAACCAUAGAUCAGGAUGUCAUAUCAAGAGGUAAAAACUAAGAUGGUGUAGUACUGGCACAGUUAUAGACAAAUUUAUCUGUGGAACAGAAGAGGGAGCUCAGACACGGAGACACGCAAAGAUGGAACAAAAUGACUCAGGCACCGCCAAAUGUACCCUGGGGGUACAGAAUCCCCCCACACCACCCGGGACCCCGCCGCCCAUUGACAAUCCCUGACAGGGGAGUAUGGAUGAAUCUUAAAAACACACGGUGAAUUUUGUAAAGAACCAUGGAUCCCAAUGAGAUGCCUGCUGUGCCCUGCUGCCCCUCAGACUCCCCCACUGGUCUUGAGACCGGAGCCCCAUGGGGGAUUGAACUUGGCCCCAAAAGAGCUGUAAGUCGCUGUGUCCACUGCUACAACCACGGCUUCACUGAGCAAAUCAAGGACCAGGAGCACUUCUGCCCCUUCCAGGCCUGCGAUUGUCACAAGUGUGCCUUUUUCUCGGAGCACCGCAGUGUCUUGCCUGCUGAGAGUGCCUUGAACAAGGAGCAGGGGGCACACCUAAAGAGGCAUCUGGCUCAAGGACUGACAAGGAGUGGGGCCUCCCUUCCCAAAGCUCACGGCCAUGUCACAAAGUUGACCAUUCAAGCAGGAGUCAUCAGCAAGCACCCAAGGAGCUCUGCUGACUGGUCAGGCCCCAAAACCUUUGUCUCCAUCUUGGACUCCAGCAGCCUUGAGGAUGCAACUAACAAUUUCUGUUUCGAGGAAGACCCACAGGAUCCCUGCCCUGCGCAGCCUGCUCCUGAAGCCUCUGACCAGGACUUGGUUUCUGCCUCAGAGUGGCAGCGGAAGCUGGAAGCAGCCGAGGCUCUGCUGAUUCUGAGAGACUCUACCCAGGAGUCUUCUGGCUCCAUCUUCCUGCUACAGCCCUGCGUGGCAGCAGCUCCUGCUGGAGAUACAGGACUCCAGCCUCCUAGCCCCUCUCUGAGACCCAGGCCAGCCACCACUAUUUCUCUGCCUAUUGGACAUCUGGGGUGCAUCUCCCUCUUGAGCUAGAAGCCCAGAAGAGAAGGCCUCACUAGAGUACUGCUUAUUUAUGCAUUUGCAAAGUGUUUAAUGUCCAGUAUGCUUAACAUGUUUUUUUUUUUUUAACCUGCAGGUUCUUUUACAGGCUUUUUCAGGCCCUUUUUAUUAUAGGGGGCAAUUUUUGGCUGAGGGUGGAUAUUCUUGUACCGCCAUCCCUUACUGCCUUGGAUUCUGGGGCCUUUUUGUGCGACUGAAGCUGAUCAUUCUCUCAAUAGGGUUCUCUGAAAGGUCAUACAUUCAUAUGCCAGAGUUUUCAUUUGACUUGUGACCGCAAACAUAGCUGUGCACUCAUGUACGUAUCCAUGCUUGUCAAAAUACAAGGACGUUUUCAUUUUGUAUCUAGGUUUAUGUGUGUGAACAAAUAGUAAACCCUUGUUGUUGUAAGGCAGUGAGAUAUAGGUGUUGUUUGUUACCACAGUAUAACGUAGACCAUCCUGACUCUGGUGGACUUGUUCAAUUUGCUUUCCAAAGUGAGAAUCCCCCUACUCAAUAACUGGGAUUUCGUAACACGACUAGAGAAGAAAAUGGUAGUGGGGAAAAGAAAAAGGCGUUAAGGGUUUUUACUCAUUGAGCAAGUAAGUGCCUACCCUCUGCCUGGCACAGACUGUUUCCAGCUGUCCAUAGGGCCCCAAAUUGAGUUGUCUGCAGGGUCAAGCAGGUCUUAUAAAUGAGUGGAACAGCCCAGAUAGGCUCUGGUCAACUGACAGUGCAUUUUCUACCUAAGGGGCCAGGUGGCACCUGGCUCUAGCCGAUUGUUGCCAUGCAGGAAUGUAGACUCUGCAUUGCCACAUCUCCUGAUUUUUCAAGAGAAAAUGGAAUUCCAGAUAUCUACGUAAAAUAUCUCAAUUUUAAAAUGUUGGCUCUGGUUUCCUCUUUAAGACCUCUACAUGAGCCAAGGAAAACAUCCAUUCAGGCCAACUAUGACCAAGCGAAUGCCAGGCUGAUUCUAGUCCAAUGUGUAUUUUACAGUGGGGGACACUGAAGCCAACCAGGGCCAGAAGAAUCAAAGAGGGGAGGUGAAUUAGACCCAGAGCCUAUUUUUGAAGGACCCCUGAAAUAUGAGGAAGAAUCAAUAUCAUUUCUUGAUUUUGUGCCCCCUGUAUGCUGAAGACAUAUAGCCUCACAGCAGGUCUCUGAGCUAGGCAUUAUUACCCCCCACUUGCACAAGUGUUUUGGGGGAAAUUUUUAGCCAAAGAUGGGUGGGAGAGGACUCCCUUCUCUUUACCAGGCCCUGAAUUAGCUAAUAAUUUACCUUCUAAAAAGUUAUCUAUCUAUCUAUCUAUCUAUCUAUCUAUCUAUCUAUCUCUAUAUAUCUAAACCAUUGAAUGAAAGGUUCAAAGUUUGAAGAGGCAGACAUCCAGUCAGAAGAGUCUCAAAAAUAGUCUCUUUGUUUUGUACUCAAGGUAACAACAUGUAGUAGUGGAUCCGAUCUUACCUCCACUUGUUUCUCAGUCCUCUGCUGAUGUUCCAAACAAAGGAAGAGCUGGCGACCCUGCCCCAAAGGCAGAAAGCUCAAUUGGAUAUGCCCCGUCGCUAUUUCCCAUUGUGUUUUCUCCCUCCUUCCUUGCCUCCCUCAUAUUUACCCAAGAUGACUGAUGGUGAUGACAACUUAUGCUUUCAGGCCUUGAGAAGUCAGGCUUCUAAUCAGCCUUAUCUAAUCCCAGCUAAACAUGCAAAGCCACUUGGCACAUAGGGGAAGACUGACAUCCAUCUCAAGCUUUCCUCCCUUCCCUGAUUUGCCCCUUAAAGCAGUGACCCGAAACCCCUCUUCUCCCAGAUAUUAGAUAAACAAGCCCACAUAAUCACAGAGGAAGGAAGCUGUGUCACGUGGAAAAGGACUAAAGCCCUGUUGUGCAACUGCAUCCUAGGUGCGCCACAGUCUCACAGCUGAAUUGGUAAAAGGGAAAUUCUAUUUGGGGUUAAAGGAUGUGGCAUGAGAAGAGGGAGGAAAAGAGAAAUAAAGUGAUGGAGACUGGGAGAAGGAGUGAGCCCCUUUGUCCUGUACCCUUUCAUUUUUCUGAGUCCCGCCUGUCCUUCUAUGCAGAACCUUUUAGGCCUGAUACUGAUGCUUCAGCCCCCCCUGCCACUCCACUUCCCCACACCCCAUAAAUGCAUGCACACAAGCGCACUUGUGUGGGUACACUGCUUUUUAUGCCUUUUUAAAAAGCCUCUUCACGGUGGCAAAUUAUGGGCAUCUUAGGACUUUGUCAUAAAUGAGGAAAUAUCCAUCUAUUUUGUCAUGUACUCCUCCAGUUCACAGAUUCAAAACAUCACUUUGUAGAAUAAAUAGUGUGAGUUAGGCCUCGACUCUCAUGUGUUCUACAACGGCAUUGUUUGGAUCUGAGGAUAUCCACCACAUGAGAGUAUCUGCAGAGUGGAUCAAUUUCAACCAGGGGUAUGCCUGUAAGUGUUUAACAACAGGCUCUCUGGGGGAGGGGGUGGCUUGAGGGGAAAUGCCCUUUGUUGUAGCAUUUGCCAAUUUCAAGCUACUGACACCAGGUCAAUUAGUGCAGAGUUGGGAAGGGAUGCAUUUUCAGGUACAAUACAUGGGCAGGUACAACAAAUGGGCAUAACCUGAAGAACAUAGGUAACAGGAAAGUGUAGGAAAAAUAAUAAAAAAUUGAUGAGUUUUUGCUUUUUGUUUUUUUUUUUUGUUUGUUUCCAGUAUAAUGCAUGUCUUGUAAUUGAUACUUUAUAUAAUUUAGUCUUUAAAACAGCUGUGUUCAACAGCUGGCUUGCAGAACUCCUGAAAAAUUAAGUUGGCUCUUAUGUUCCAGUAUGAGUCCCGUCCAGUAUUCUGCCACUUUCAGUCCUUGCCCAGAAAGGCACCUCUUCAAUAGUAGGUCACGUGAACCCUGCAGGGCCAUCAAGGCCUGACACCACUGGUUUCUGGCCAAGAAGAGCUUAACAUGUAGGGAAAGUAUUAAUUAUUAAUGAAAAAAUGGAAUGAUCUGGAACAAAUAUUGAGCACAAUGAAUUGUCAGAAGUAUUUGUGGGUGAACAUGUGUUUUCAGAGACAGCCAACAUUGGGUAGAAGUGGGAAGUGGGGACACCAGGAUAAGCAAAACCCAUGCAGCAGCAUAUUCAACAGAUUCUUUGAAGUCUGAAGGAAUGGAGCAACUGGUACUUCCCAGCCAUCAGAUUUGUAUCUCUCAUCAGAGAGAGAGACAUUCAAUAUACUCUCUCCUCCUUAGAUAAGUGCUGCAUCCUCUAUAUAAACUCUUUCACUUUGCCCUUUUUAAAAUUUUAUUUAAAUUCAAUUAAUUAACAUAUAAUGUAAUAUUGGUUUCAGAGGUAGAGGUCGGUGAUUCCUCAGUCUUAUCUAAUACCCAGUGCUCAUUACAUCAUGUGCCCUCCUUAAUGUUCAUCACCCAGUUACUCUGUCCUCCCAACCCUCUCCCCUCCACUUUGCCUUUUUUCACUUAAAAACAUAGCCUUCAUUGUUAUGUAUAGGCACCAUGUUAUACAGCAGAUCUCUAGAACAUACUCAUUUUGAAUAACCGCAAUUUUAUAUCCAUUAAACAACUCUCCAUAUUCCCCUUCCCUCCUCUCCUGGCAACCACCAUUCUAUUGUCUAUUUCCAUAAGUUUGACUGUAUUCGAUGUUUUUCUUAAGAGGUAUUGUCCAUUUAAGAAUAUGUUAAGAGGGUAAAUCUCAUGUUAAGUUUUCUUAUCACAAGAAAGCAGAAACAAAACAAAAUAAUGAAGGGACACAGAAGGACUCCUAGAGGUGAUGGGUAUGUUUAUUACCUUGAUCAUGGAGAUGGUUACCUGGAUGUGUGCAUAUACCCAAACUCGUGAAAUCGUAUACAUUACUAUGUGCAGGGUUGUUUUUUUUUUUUUUUUUUUUUUUGUACAAAUUAUACCUCAGUAAAUCUGAAAAAAAAACAACAACACCCAGUAUCCAUGAGACCACUCCAUAGUGCAAUGUAGAGACAUCUCCCACUCCUUGCAACAGUUAUAGAGUAUGCCACUGUGUGAAGGUACCAUAAUUUAGUCAGCUAGUCUUCUAUUGAUGCACACUUUGGUUGUUUCUAUUCUGGCUAUUAUGAAUACAGCCACAAUGAAUAAAAUUGUGACAUAAUCUUUAGCAAUAUUUAUCAAUAUAUCUUUGAAAUUGAUCCCUAGAUGCACUAUUGCUGAAUAAAGGGUGAAAAUACAUGUAAUCUUGCUCAUUAUUGUCACGCUCCCUUUCAUAAAGGUUGUGGCAUAGCAACCAACAGCCAAAGCAAUCUUCAAUGAGGAGAACAAAGCAGGAGAUACCACAGUUCCUUAUUUCAAAAUAGAUUACAAAACUAUAGUAAUCAAAACAAUAUGGCACUGGCCUAAACACAGACACCUAGACCAAGGGGACAGAUAUGGGAGCCUGGAUAUAAAUCCAUGCAUCUAUAGUCAGCUAAUAUAUCAGCUAAGAAUAUCUUGUCAAAUAUAUCUCUUGACAAGAGUCAAGAACACUCAAGAAGAAAAGGCAGUCUCCCCAACAAAUGGUGCUGGGAAAAGUGGAAUUUCACAUGGAAAAGAAUGAAAUUGGACCCCUAUUUUGCCCCAUCUACAAAAAUUAACUCAAAAUGGAAUAAAAACUUAAAUAUAAGACCUGAAGCCAUAAAACUCCUGGAAGAGAACACAGGGAAAAGUCUCCUUGAUAUUAGCCUUGGCUAUGAUUUUAUGGAUGUGACGCCCAAAACCCAAGCAACAAAAGCAACAAUGAACAAGUGGGACUACAUCAAAAUAAAAAGCUUCUGCUCCCAAACGUAGUUAGAGUGAAAAAGCCAAGACAGAAACAAUAUGUACUCUAUAAUUCAUAAUCGUUAAGACUGUCAAAGUCAGUAUAUGGUAGUGGAAGUUGGAAUAAUGGCUCCUCAGGCAGGGGGCUCUACGAAGUUCUACUUCUAAAUGUGUUUGUGGAUACAUGGGUGUAUCACUUUGUGGAUUCAGGUACACAUUUUGAUUUGUGUAGUUUGUGGAUAUAUGUUACUAAGAUGUACUUAAAACUUAGGAAAUAAACGAAUUGAAAAGACAAAAGCAAAGGAAUAACGGACAGUUAGGAUGCAUGGAUAUAAAUCAUUUGGUAUUUUAAUAUACAGAAAAUCAUUGCCUUCUAAUUGUUUCAUAUUCCGUAGACACACUAAAAACUCCAUGGGGACAAAAUCUGUACCUCAUUCGUUUUUACAUCUCCCGAAUGUCCACAAUAGUAUAAGUCAGAGUAGUUAUCCUAUAUAUACAUAACGACAAUUUUUGAAUGUUCUAUUAAUAGAAUUCUCUACAAUGAAUAUAACAAAUGAGUGAGUUUCUACAAUAAAAAAUGAUAAAGAGCUUCUGCACAACAAAAUGAAUGAUCAACAGAAUGAAAAGGCAACCUACAGAAUGUGAGAAAAUAUUUGCACAAUCACAUAUCUGAUAAGGAGUUAACAUCAAAAAAAAAAAAAAAAACAGAAGGAACUACUACAACUCAAUAGUAGAAAA